CUCUGGCGUAAUACAUGACCCUCUAUUUCCACUGAACUUCCUUGCAACCAACCAGGCCAUACUAUAUAUUUUGACAUCCAUCGGUUCUUUCUCUCAUUCUAUUAGCCAAUUCAUGCCGGCCAUCGAUCAAUUUUCUCCACAAUCUGUAGACUCGUUCUCCAUCUCGACAAAAGCAGCAGCAGCAGCGGCGGCAGCCAUGGACUCGACUUGGUUGGAUACAUCUCUAAGUUUUGGCCUCAACGUCAAUCCUCACCAAGUUACCGGUGAAUCUCUGAAGAGAGAAUUAUACACUGAUUUUCUUGACUUGGGGAGGAAUCACUCGGUAAAUCAAGAGGCUGGUGAAUUGGUGGAGAAGUUGAAUCAGAUGAGUGCAGAAAACAAGAAACUCACCCAACUGCUUACUGUUAUGUGCGAAAACUAUACUACUUUGCAGACCCAAUUGAAGGACUUGAUGAGCAAGAACAACGAAACGGGCUUCACUGUGUCGAAGAAGAGAAAGGCUGAAAGCAUGGAUAACAAUAACCACAAUGGGGUUAGUGGUCCUACAGAGAGCACCUCUAGCGAUGAAGAUUCAGGCAAGAGGAUAAGGGAAGACAUCAAGACAAAGAUCUCAAGGGUCUAUGUAAGAACCGAUGCAUCAGAUACCAGCCUGGUGGUGAAGGAUGGAUAUCAAUGGAGGAAAUAUGGGCAAAAAGUGACCAGAGAUAACCCAUCUCCUAGAGCUUACUUCAAAUGCUCCUUUGCACCAAGCUGUCCAGUAAAAAAGAAGGUGCAGAGAAGUGCAGAAGAUCGAUCGGUUUUGGUGGCGACAUAUGAAGGCGAGCACAACCACCCACACCCUUCUCAAGCUGAGGGAUCACUGGGCUCAAGUCAUGGUGUAACCCUUGGGUCCAUCCCUUGCUCCGCCUCCAUCAUCAGCUCUUACAGUUCAGGCCCUACCAUUACACUUGAUCUUACCCAACCGGGAUUAGGUCUUACCCAACCGGGAUUAGGUAACAACAAUGUGAAGAAACCCAACGAGGAAGUCAAGUCGCCAGCAUUCCAGCAGUUUUUGGUUGAACAGAUGGCUUCUUCCUUAACCAAGGAUCCUAGUUUUACUGCAGCCCUUGCAGCAGCCAUUUCAGGGAAGAUUCAACAAAAUUCACUAGUGCAAAAAUGGUGACAAUUUUGUCCCAAGUGAAACUUCUGUGUAAUCUAAUUUGUUCUAUUGGAGAUGAAAAUGGUGCAAAUAUUAUUUUUGAAAUAGAAAAAAAAUGAGAAACAUGUGCUGUUUCCCCAAGUGAUC